UGUGUCACUUUAUUAACCUGUCUUUGCUCAGUCGUGCUCCUCUCUUUCCUCCUGCAAACAUGGCUCUGCUACAGUCUCGUUUGGUGGCCGCUGUAUUUCGCUGCCAGCCUGCAGCUGUCACCCUGCAGAACAGAGCCAGCUCUUGGUGGUCCCAUGUCGAGAUGGGCCCUGCUGACCCUAUCUUGGGUGUGACAGAGGCAUACAGACGAGAUACUAACUCCAAGAAGAUGAACCUUGGUGUGGGGGCAUACAGGGAUGACAAUGGCAAACCUUAUGUCCUGAACAGUGUACGCAAGGCUGAGGCACUUAUGGCAGCAAAGAAUCUGGACAAAGAAUACCUCCCAAUUGGUGGUCUUGCAGAAUUUGCCCGAGCUUCAGCUCAGUUAGCACUGGGAGAGAACAGUGAGACUAUUCAGAGUGGACGGUAUAUAACUGUACAGACCAUCUCUGGAACAGGAUCACUGCGUAUUGGUGGCAACUUCCUGCAAAGGUUCUACAAGCACAGCCGUGAUGUUUACCUGCCCAAACCAUCUUGGGGGAAUCAUACCCCAAUAUUUCGGGAUGCUGGACUUGAACUGAAGGGUUAUCGAUAUUAUGAUCCCAAAACAUGCGGUUUUGAUUUUGCAGGUGCUCUGGAUGAUAUCUCGAAAAUGCCAGAGCAGAGCAUCAUCCUGUUCCAUGCUUGCGCUCACAACCCCACCGGUGUAGACCCCAAACCAGAACAGUGGAAAGAGCUGGCAUCUGUUGUCAAGAGCCGCCGCCUCUUUCCAUUCUUUGAUAUGGCAUAUCAAGGCUUUGCCAGUGGAGACACUGAUCGUGAUGCCUGGGCUGUGCGCUACUUCAUCGAGCAGGGACUAAAUCUGGUUUUGUCACAAUCUUAUGCCAAGAAUAUGGGAUUGUAUGGUGAACGUGUGGGUGCAUUCACUGUGGUAUGCAGUGAUGUGGAUGAAGCAAAAAGAGUUGAAUCCCAGUUGAAGAUCUUGAUCCGUCCUAUGUAUUCCAAUCCUCCAAUCAAUGGAGCUCGGAUAGCCGCUUCUAUACUAACACAGCCUGAUCUGCGUAGUGAAUGGCUGCAGGAGGUGAAGAGUAUGGCCAACCGGAUCAUCAGCAUGCGAGAACAGCUGGUGUCCAACUUGAAGAAGGAAGGAUCUAUCCACAAUUGGCAACAUAUUAGUGACCAGAUUGGCAUGUUCUGCUUCACUGGGCUACGUCCAGAGCAGGUGGAACGUCUCAUAAAGGAAUUCUCAGUCUACAUGACCAAGGAUGGUCGUAUCUCUGUGGCUGGAGUAACUUCAGGGAAUGUUGGUUACCUUGCCCAUGCCAUUCACCAAGUCUCAAAAUGAGCUAGUCUGACACUUGUGGUGAACUCCACCGGCACCUUCAAAGGAAAAAAUAGCACUUAACUUGUCCCCAAACCUGCUUACCCAUUGAUACCUCUUAGAAGUAAUAGAGAAAUCUAGUGCAGUCAACUCUUAAAUCCUUCCAUGAAGAAUUUUUAGUAUGUCUAAUAAAUACAGUUUCCACUUAUUAGUGUUUAACACAGCCCUCCCAUAUGAAAUUGACUGUUGUAAUGGUUGUGUUAGAAUGUAGUGCUGGAGCCUUGCAGUGAGUAACUUGUAGAGGGAACACACCAUUUCAGACUUUUGCUACAUCCCAUAUCUGUCCCUUUUUACUGGUUUACAACAAAUUGCUUUGGAAAUAAAUGUUGCCCCGUUCUAACCAAAUGGUUUACCAUUUUUGGCUGCCUUCAUGUAAUAUCUAAGAAUGUCGGUGCUGGCGUUGGGCAGAAUGUCUGUCUGAAAUAUUCAUUUGAAUGUAUUUUGGAUUCAAUAAAAUUCAUAUGGGAA